AUGAGAGACCUUAUCGUGCUAGGAGGAUCUUCCCACCCUGCACUUACGAAGAUGAUCUGCAAGAACUUGACAAUCGAGCAGGGCCAGGUGUUGUCGAAGAAGUUCUCCAACGGAGAGACCAGCAUUGAGGUGAAAGGGUCUGUCAGAGAGAAAGAUGUGUUCAUCAUCCAGAGUGGAUGUGGCAAUGUCAACGACAACUUCAUCGAGUUGUUGAUCAUGAUAGCCGCCUGCAAAACUGCCAGUGCUCGCAGGGUGACGGCAGUGUUGCCGCUUUUUCCCUACUCCAGACAGCCAGACAUCCCCCACAUGGCGUCGGUCACCGGAGCCCCCUCCAUCAGCACCAAGAAGGACCAGUAUACUUACGAGAGCCGUCCUGGGACCCCUAAACCGUUGUCCAGCUUCAACGGACCACGCGACCCCUCGCUCACCAGACCCGACUCCAGUGGGCUCAUCACGCCUCUGUUACGAGGACGGGACUUGAAGGACCCUUUCAGAGAAAUCACCCCCAGAGACUCUCUGGUCCCAGUGGGCACUCCUGUGGAUGCUCGUGGCAAAACCGAGAGUGGCUACAAGCAAUGGAUCGCCCAGAACGGUACGUUAAUCGCCAACUUGUUGACCACGGCUGGUGCUGACCGUAUGAUCACCAUGGACUUGCACGAUCCCCAGUUCCAGGGCUUCUUCAACAUCCCAGUCGACAACCUCUACCUGAAGCCGCUCCUCAAGCACUACUUGAUCGACUACGUGCCUAACUACCAGGAGUGUGUGAUUGUGUCUCCCGAUAGUGGAGGCGCCAAGCGUGCCACCUCGUUGGCAGAUGCUCUUGGGUGUUCGUUUGCGUUGAUUCACAAGGAGAGACGCAUCAAGACCACCGAGGGAGUCAAGGCCAUUGGUCCGUUGGGAGUCACCUCGGGACUUUCGGCUGUCAACCACCACCCAUCGCCAGGCACCCACACCACGGUGUCGAUGCUCGUGGGAGAUGUCAAGGACAGGACGUGUGUUCUCAUCGACGAUCUCGUGGACACCUCCUACACCAUCACUCGUGCAGCAAAGCUCUUGAAGGACCAGGGAGCCAAGUACGUGUAUGCGUUGGUGACCCACGGAGUCUUUUCUGGGGAUGCCAUCAAUAGGGUCAGCAAGUCGGCCAUUGACAAGGUGAUCACCACCAACUCGGUGCCGCAGAACGACAACCUCGCAGGGUUGGGCGACAAGUUGGAGGUGUUGGAUGUGUCACGGGUGUUUGCCGAGUCCAUCCGUAGAAUCCACAACGGGGAGUCGGUGUCGAUGUUGUUCGACCAUGGAUGGUAG